GUAGUAUCGGCAAUACAUCGCAUAAAUAUUCACUAUUUCAUGACGUGUCUCUGGUCUCCGGCGUUGGUCCACGUAAGUCCACGGCAAUUAUGCUAGAGAAGCCAUCUAGUGGUGACGAGUGGAAACAGGCCUGAUUCGUGAAAACCAGAGAGUAUUGGAGAGAAAACUGCCGGGCUCUUGGCUGUGUCAUGUGUGUCGUGUGGUGUCGUCUGUAUUCGUAGACUGUCGUAGACGUUCAGGGUCGUUGGUUUGGGAUUUUAAUACUGAAUUAGGGGAAAUGGACUAAGCCUCACGAGUGUUUAGAAUUGCAUUUUCGUAUUUUUAUGUUCGUCGUUUUUCUUCCGCUUUCCUCGGGCUACUUACUCUUUAAUAAUAGAUGUGUUUCAGUAAAUGUCACCUUAAAUUGUGAGACAUAACUAUAAUAGUUCGUAGAUAGAAAUUAAGUAGAAAGUGUAAUGAUGGAAGGCAACAAGGAUGAAGCAGACAGGUGUAUUGAAUUGGCAGCAAAGUUUAUUGCGGAAGGAAAACGAGAAAAGGCAGAAAAAUUUCUCCAGAAAGCAGAACGACUUUAUCCUACUACAAAAGCUAAAGAUCUAUUGGAACUUUUGAAGUCUACAAAUAAUUCAACCCCUCAGUCAGAAACAGAAGAACUACCGAAGAAACGACGUACUACGGUUAAAAAGGAGGAACCAAAACACCAAGAGACAUCUGAUACUGAACCAUCAAUUAAUAAAGAACAUCUAGAAGCGGUGAAAAGGGUAAAAAAAUGUAAAGAUUAUUAUGAAAUUUUGGGAGUGACUAAAGAGGCAACAGAUAGUGAAAUCAAGAAAGCAUAUAAAAAGUUAGCUCUACAAUUGCAUCCUGAUAAGAACAAAACCCCUGGAGCUAAUGAAGCAUUUAAAGCUAUAGGAAAUGCAGUUGCUAUUUUAACUGAUCCUGAGAAAAGAAAACAAUAUGAUCUCUAUGGGUCAGAAGAGGAACGACUGCAGAAUGUUCAACGUCAACAUCGCACCAAUCAUUUUGAAUAUAAUUACACCAGAGGCUUUGAAGCGGAUUUCUCUGCUGAGGAGCUGUUCAACAUGUUUUUUGGUGGAGGAUUGCCCCAGCAGAAUGUGUACAUGCGCCGUGGAGGAAGAUGGCAACAUGCAAGUGAAAGUCAACAGCAGCGGACUGAGCCUGCUAGUGGAUAUAAUGUAUUGUUACAAAUGGCUCCUAUCAUCUUAUUGAUCAUUCUUUCCAUGAUGAGUAAUUUCUUUAUUUCGGAUCCUCUGUACAGUCUACAUUCAAGUUCGAAGUUUCCUGUGAAGAAAACUACACAAAACCUGAGAGUACCGUAUUAUGUGAAAGAAAACUUUCAUUUAGAAUACCAAGGAAGCCUCAGGAGAUUAGAAUUGACGGUUGAAGAAGAACACGUAACAAAUCUUCGUCAGGCAUGUUAUCGAGAGAAGAAUUAUCAAGUACAGAUCUGA